CCAAACCCCAGAUACUCCCACCCAGUGAUCUGUAUAUCCAUCAUGCGUCUCCCCUACGCCCCCCAGGAACCUCCCUCCGCGGACCCCGACACGGUCGCCAUCUACCAGCGCAUCGCCGAACGCCGACACCCCCGCCCCCUCAUCCCGCUCGACCUCUCGCUGCUGCACGCGCCCCCUGUCGCCGACGGCUGGAACAGCUUCCUGGGCGCCAUCCGCACGCGCACCCAGGUUGACACCGGCCUCCUAGAAAUGGCCGUCUGCCGCGUCGCCGUCCUCAACGGCGCCGACCUUGCCGGUGCCCGCGCCGCCCUCGCUGCUGAGACCGCGCUGUCUACCGCCCAGCGCGCCGUCGUCCGCUACGUCGACGAGAUGACCCAGACGGUGCGCGUCGCUGACGAUACCUUUGCGGGACUGCAGUCCGACGCCGGCCUCUCGGACCGCGAGAUCGUCGAGUUGACUACCGGGAUAGCUGGGUAUAAUUGCGUCAGUCGCGUGCUGGUGGCGUUGGAUGUGGGGGAGAAUAAUGGACGGGAGAUGAAGAGUGUGGAUGAAUUGGUGGCGGCGCUGUGAUUUACAUCCUUUUUGUUCUUCUUGAUAUUGCUAUUCAUGUUGCUUUCUUCCUCUUUUCGUGCGAGGAGCAUCGACAGCCUGAGAUAUGAGAGAUAUGAUGCAC